AGACUAUAUAAACAUGUCAGUGGAUAUUCAGCAGCAUUACACACCAUUAGGAAGAAUUUACAACAUCAACAGCAAACCAGAGAGAGAGAGAGUUGUGUUCAUAUUGAGUUAUCUCAAAUAAGGGUCUUAACACAGAGGUCAUGAUUUAAUCCUGAUAAAGUUGCUCUGUUCAGUGCACAAAACGUGUACAAAUAUAAUGCAUUAUUUUAUUGUCUAUUUCUUCUUUUCUUUCUAAAUGAGUAUAGAGGUUGCUUGCACAAUGACCUUACUGUCUUACUUAAAUGUGUAUGAUAAAGAACAAAUACAGAUAUUGAGAAAGAGACAGAUAUUGUUUUUUUAAUAACUUAAUUGGUCUGCAGUGCAAAUUGUGCAGUAUAACGACAUUGUUAUUAAAACGGAAUAGAAUAUGUUUUGCGCUAUUUCUCUGUUUGAAAAUGUCUGGCCGAGUUAUUUUGUUUAGACGCCUGUUCCUCCUCUUGCAGUGCCACGGCGUCCAAUGCGUCUCCAAAUGCGCACGACCAAUCUGCAGCAGCAGCAGCAGCAACAGCAGCAGCAGCGCGCCGCAGACCGCCUGCUGCCAGGCAUCUGGCUGCUCUGCGUUUAUUCCCGCAGGCACCGCUUCUCGCUCAGUCUCCCCCCCAACAGGUGGAUAAGUCGGACAUUGGCGGAAAUACACGCAGGGGGAAAAAAAACAACUGUACGUGCAGUGCAGCCGCGGAACGGAUCCGGAGUGAUCCAGCAAAGGAAACUUCGCUGCUGAUCUUCACCUCUUGGAUUUUGUUGUGCGGUGAGCUGAAUAUAGUGUGCGCUGGUCUGCGUUUUUUCCUCCUAUCCAAAUGUGACCUGAUGGAAGUCGUGAUCACAACUAGUCCACUGUGGAUCUACAAGAUGAAAACUGCAAAGUCCAAACAAUGACGAGAAGAGGGGAUUCAGACUAAAAACCAAGAGGACAAAACGCAACAUUAACGCGCAGAGUCCUUGUGCAGAACCACUGCAGUUUCCACAUCUGGCGGAUGCCACAUUCAAGAAGUUUAAAUCCUCUUAUAUGGCAUUAGUCCUCCUGUGCUCUCUGGAUAUGUUCUAAAGGAAGAGCAACACCGAUCUCCCUGAGCGAAGUUCCAAUGUCCAACAUCCCAAAGUGUGAAGUCCCCGUGCCUGGCAGCAGCUGCAGCAGUGUGAGCACUGUGCUGGUGAGCUGAAGCCCGGGGAGAUGUCACAGCUUUACUAUCGGCGCACUGACAGCUCCUCGUAUCGGGACCGCAUCCCACUAAGAAUUGUGCGGGCCGAGUCGGAGCUGUCGCCUUUGGAGAAAGCCUAUCUCGGAGCUGUGGAGAAGGGCGACUAUGCCAGUGUCAAACACGCCCUGGAGGAAGCGGAGAUCUACUUCAAGAUCAACAUCAACUGCAUCGACCCUCUGGGCCGCACCGCUCUGCUGAUUGCCAUAGAGAACGAGAACCUUGAAAUUAUAGAACUCCUGCUGAGCUUCGGCGUCUAUGUCGGCGAUGCCCUGCUGCACGCGAUCCGCAAGGAAGUGGUGGGAGCUGUGGAGCUGCUGCUCAACCACAAGAAACCCAGCGGUGGAAUGCAGGUUCCUCCAAUCUUAUUGGACAAGCAGUUCUCUGACUUCACCCCUGACAUCACUCCCAUCAUUCUCGCUGCCCACACCAACAACUAUGAAAUUAUCAAGCUUCUGGUGCAGAAAGGUGUUUCUGUGCCGCAGCCACAUGAGGUGCGCUGCAACUGUGUGGAGUGCGUGUCCAGCUCGGACGUGGACAGUCUGCGGCACUCGCGCUCUCGCCUCAACAUUUACAAGGCGCUGUCGAGUCCCUCGCUGAUCGCGCUCUCCAGCGAGGACCCGUUCCUCACCGCGUUCAGGCUCAGCUGGGAGCUGCAGGAGCUCAGCAAGGUGGAGAACGAGUUUAAAUCCGAGUACGAGGAGCUGUCACAGCAGUGCAAGCAGUUCGCCAAGGACCUUCUGGACCAGACGCGCAGCUCCAGAGAGCUGGAGAUGAUCCUCAACUACAGAGACGACACCAACAUAUUGGAGGAGGAAAGCAACAACGACCUGGCGAGACUCAAACUGGCUAUCAAGUACCACCAAAAAGAGUUUGUUGCUCAGCCAAACUGCCAGCAGCUGUUGGCGUCCCGGUGGUAUGACGAGUUCCCCGGCUGGAGACGGCGACACUGGGCGGGGAAGUUCUUUACCUGUGUCUUCAUCGGCCUCCUCUUCCCCGUGUUUGCCCUCAGCUACCUCAUCGCCCCGAAGAGCCGCUGCGGCCUCUUCAUCCGUAAGCCCUUCAUCAAGUUCAUCUGCCACACGUCGUCAUACCUGACGUUCCUGUUCCUGCUGCUCCUCGCCUCCCAGCACAUCGUCACCACGGAGCAGGACCGGCAGAACAGGCAGGGCCCUGCACCAACGACGGUGGAGUGGAUGAUCCUGCCCUGGGUUCUGGGAUUCAUCUGGGCAGAAAUCAAGCAAAUGUGGGACGGUGGUUUCCAAGACUAUGUCCAUGACUGGUGGAACCUCAUGGACUUUGUCAUGAAUUCGUUAUACCUGGCCACCAUCUCCCUCAAGAUUGUAGCCUACACAAGGUACAGCGGCAGUAAACCAAGAAACCAGUGGGAAAUGUGGCACCCAACGCUUGUCGCUGAGGCAGUGUUCGCCAUCGCUAACAUUUUCAGUUCCCUGCGUCUGAUCUCGCUCUUCACCGCCAACUCUCAUCUGGGGCCACUGCAGAUCUCUCUUGGGCGAAUGCUGCUGGACAUCCUCAAGUUCCUCUUCAUCUACUGUUUGGUCUUGCUCGCCUUUGCUAAUGGGCUGAACCAGUUGUACUUCUACUAUGAGACCAAGGCUUCAGAUGAGAAGGGGAAAUGCAAGGGCAUCCGCUGUGUGGAGCAGAAUAACGCUUUCUCGACGUUAUUCGAGACCCUGCAGUCUCUCUUCUGGUCAAUCUUCGGCCUGAUCAGCCUGUACGUGACCAACGUGGACGCGGACCACCAGUUCACGGAGUUCGUCGGCGCCACCAUGUUCGGCACCUACAACAUCAUCUCGCUGGUCGUCCUCCUGAACAUGCUCAUCGCCAUGAUGAACAACUCCUACCAGCACAUCGCAGACCAUGCCGACAUCGAGUGGAAAUUUGCCAGAACGAAGCUGUGGAUGAGCUACUUUGAGGAGGGAGCCACUCUGCCGGCCCCGUUCAACAUCAUCCCCAGCCCCAAAUCAUUCUUGUACCUCAUGUGUUGGAUUAAGAGGCAAGUGUGCAAGAGGACGAAUUCCAAGCGGCCGGAAAGCUUCGGAUCUCUCGGAAGGCGAGCGGCAGAGAAUCUGAGAGUAAACCAUCAGUAUCAGGAGGUGCUGAGGAACUUGGUGAAGCGUUACGUGGCUGCCAUGAUCAGAGAUGCCAAGACAGAGGAAGGGCUGACUGAAGAGAACUUCAAGGAGCUGAAACAAGAUAUCUCCAGUUUUCGAUAUGAGGUGAUGGGCAUGAUGAAGACGGGGAAGCCCGCGCUACAGGCGGCAAAGGCCAGCGGCAGCGCGGUGGACUCCAGUCUUGCUCUCCUGAAUCCCCCUUGUCCUCAGAGCAGCCAGGCAAAAAGCAAACUCAACAGAUUCAAGAUCACCGCCUCCAUCCUGAAGCUGGGCAGUUCUGCAGCUUCACCCAGACCACCCGAGGCCUCCAACGGCCUCCCCAACGGACUCCUGUCCCUGGUCCCAGACAAGAGCCCCGGCGAAAAGUCAAACCAGAGGAGAAGCUUCCCCAAAGAUAUCGCAGACUUUGUUCCACUGUUCCAGAAACAUCACUGGAGUGGCAGUGACGCCGCAUCAGGAGAGGAAGACAUUUCCAGAAGGAUGUACUCUUUGUCAGAGGAAGCAGAGGAUUCUGGAGGCUCAGACACGGACGAGCAGGACAAACAGGCCGUGGCUGCAGCCGUGGGUCAGAAAAGGCUUGAAAUGGGAGAAGAGGCUGCGGCGAUGGAGGAGAUGAAAGUCUUAAAUACCAACUGCUGCUUGGAGGAAAAGGAGGAACAGUAAAGGACAAGGAUCCGGCAUUGACCCAGUAGCUGAGAAAUGUUUAAAUGCUUAAAAGGAACAUCACCAAAGGCCAGGAGUGACAAUCAACGUGAGCUAUAAGUCAGGAAAUGUUGCUGAAGAAGAGUCAGACUUUUUCCAAUAAUUACUAUAAAUGAAUGAUCAGCUUUGAUCUUUUGGAGACUCAGGGAGGUCUUUGGUUUAAGAGUUUUAAAACGCUGACGUGGAAAUGCAGCAAAGGUGAAUGGAGCUGUGUGGUAAUGUCAUUAGGAUUUAGAUUUCAGGAUAAUCUCAUCUUAUCUCUCCCCCACAGAUGAUUAAACAGCAAGUAUGGCCUGAAAAUUAAACCUUUUUUUUCUCCCCUCUCCUUUCCUGACAUGUGCCCUGCGUUAAAACUUUAACCUUUAACCAUCACUCGUAUUAUUCUACGAAUGCCCUCUCCUUCAUCACUCUUCUCUCUCUACCUCUUUUUAAUUUCCAUUUAUCUCGAUGCCGCUUUGUCUCCCCCCCGUCCUUAUGUCACCACAGCAAUAGAUAUUGUAGAUGUUCUGUUUUAGACCCAAUUCUCUGCCUUAUUCUGUCCGUUUCUGCACUUUGCACACUUUACACUGGCUUUCAGUCCGUCAAAGAUGUGUCAAGCUCUGAUCAUGCAACAAUUCCUUCGAUAUUUUUUCUAUGCAAAACACUUGGGGAACGCGAUGAGCAAGAAACGUGUGUACAUUAAGCUGUGACAGUUCAUUCCGGGAAUCGUAUGAAGGGUAAAGUGUGGUUGACUGCCAGUGGAAGAAUAAUGAGGUAUAUGAUAUGAACACAGCCUAUCAACCAUAUAAAGCGACAUAUUAUUCAAGUUUUAUCACUUCUACAAAAAGAAAAAAAAACGAGCUGUUUAUUUUGAAAGGUUUUGCUGUUUUUAAAAAGGUACCUUUAGACGUAACGUUAGUUCGUAUGAAUGAUGUUAUAGAGACUGAACCAGAUCAGAAAUAAACCUUACAUUUCA